CCGACUUCUGGCCCAUCGAGUCUGGUUCCCGCUUGCCGUGCGGCGGAGGCUGGCUGCUCGAUCCGGCCGUCGAUGCUGAGUUGGCUGGCUGGCUCCCGCCCUCGCGAAUCCUCCCCCUGCCUCUCGGCUUCCCUUGCUCGGUGGGGCAGGCUUGGCACCUGAGGGCGAUAGAGAAGGAAAAGGGAAGCCGCGCAGAACCUUCAGCUGCCCCGGUUCUGCCCCUGGGGCUCGGCGAGAAGGAAGCAGGGGACCUUCGCCGCAGUAGCCUGACGCUUUGUAUCCCUUCUGAAGCCUUAGCCGAGGGCUUUCUGCAGCCAUGGUGAAGGUCUCGUUUAACUCGGCCUUGGCGCAGAAAGACGCAGCCAAGAAGGAGGAGGAGGAGGAAGGGGGACAGAAUGAAAAAAACAGCUGCAGCAACCAAGUGCUCAUCUUGUCCCCAGACACAAAGGAUCCAGCAGAAGUGGUGGUGCCUCUUGGACAGAGAAGAGCUUGGUGCUGGUGUAUGUGUUUUGGAUUAGCUUUUAUGCUUGGUGUUGUAAUCUUUGGCGGUACCUAUAUGUGCAAGUAUUUUCGAAUUCAGGAAAAUGUUUACUUCUGUGGAAUUAAGUAUAUUGAGGAUGGCUUAACCCUAACUGAUUCAGAUACAUUUGCUUCAGCUCGUUAUCAGAUAAUUGAAGAGAGUAUCCAGAUCCUUCAGGAGGAGGAUGUUGAGUUCAUUAGUGUGCCAGUUCCAGAAUUUGCUGACAGUGAUCCAGCUGAUAUUGUGCAUGAUUUUCAGAGGAGACUUACAGCUUAUCUUGACCUCAGCCUGAAUAAGUGCUAUGUCAUUCCUCUGAAUACGUCAGUUGUUAUGCCACCUAAAAACUUCUUAGAACUGCUGAUCAACAUCAAAGCUGGAACAUACUUGCCACAGUCAUACUUGAUUCAUGAGCAGAUGAUAGUCACUGACCGCAUUGAAAAUGUGGAUCAACUGGGUUUUUUCAUUUAUCGCCUUUGUCGUGAUAAAGAGACUUACAAAUUGCAGCGCAAGGAAGUACUGAAAGGCAUUCACAAGCGUGAAGCAGGUAAUUGCCGGAUAAUUCGUCAUUUUGAGAACAGAUUUGCGAUGGAAACGCUUAUUUGCCAAGAAUAAGGAAUGCUACUGUAACAAAAAUUAAGAUACUUCAUCUUAUCCUUUCUAUUAUGUGCAGUGAUUUCUUUCUUUUUAUUUCGUUUAUGUAAAGAAUAAACAAGGCUAUAUAGCUGAAUCCAAUUACUUAAUCUGAUGAAACAUCUUUGUCAUAUUUUGAAGUAUAAUGUUAUUUUUUAUGCUGGAAUAGAAGCUGUAUAUUGUUAGUGUAUUUCACAUAAUAAAUCCUGAACUAUCAAGAGGUAAACUGUGCAUUCAAUAUUACCAAAAAUUUCUAUAAAAUAAUUCUAGUUAAAAGCUAAAAAAUAUAUAGAUCAGUUGCAACUGUUGAGGUUUUUAACAGUGUAUUAGUACUAUUACUGAUUGCAGCUCAUUAAGAAACAUUUUAUAAUAAAGAUGGAAUUUAUUGUGUUUCUAGUCACACUUAAAUUCACUUCAAAUUGGCUGUGCUAAUAUAGGUGUCUGCUGUACAAACUCCAGCAGUAAUUUUAUGUUACUGACCUGUAUAUAAGCUAUGUGUAUGCAAAAGAAAAUAAAUAAAAAUCCGUUUGUGUAAA